AUGGACCAGGCAUGGUUGCAAGUGAUCGAUCGGAUGGAAAUAGAAGAUGCGAUCCGAAUGAGAAGAGUCAGUCCGAAGAUGGACUUGCUAGUCAGCAAGUCACUCCGAUCUCGGAAGCACUUGGACAUCGAAAGGGACUGCCCGUCGGCCGUCCAUGAUCCUUCUGCCAUUGCUUCUGUCAUCGGUAAGUGUUCCGACUGUCCACUCCUUAAAGAAUUAUCAUUUUUAGCUCAAUGCUCUCAUAAUCUACGGAGUAUCGACCUGAAGAUUCGUCGCAAUCAAAUGUUCUCGACGAUCCCCAGCAACGUGGAAAUCCGACGUAAAGUGAUGGUUGCCAUCAUCGAGAAUUCGAAUAAACUGAAGAAACUUCACAUUGACAGGUCAGUCAUCUCUUAUCUCUUUCCAAAGUAUUCUCCUGAUUCCAGAUGCCGUCUCACCACAGGAGCUAUCGCAAGUUUCGGAGAUUUGCCAGACACAAUAGAAGAAGUGAGCAUAACGAAUUCACUCAUAGAUUGUAGCGAAUGGGAAGUGGCAACGAUCAUCAGAAAGGCGUUCGAAAUGUUCUUCACAAAGUGCAGGAAGUUGAAGUUCUUCGAGGUUUCGGUAAGUAAUAGGCAUGUGAUUGUGUUGACACAGCUAAUAGAAUUAAAGGGACGUUGUCUGAGCAGCAGUCACUUCCACGUUGAUCCUUCGAUCCUGCGGCUCAUGUCCGACACUGUGGAGCACUUGGCAAUUGCUGGCAGCAAUCUCCGCAUCAACACGUUGGCGUUUUUGAAAACUAAAAGGUAUGCACUUGAAAGUGAAAGCUCAAAUGUGUGCAUUUUGGUGUCAGACUGAAAACUCUCAUCCUCCAACGAUCGUUCAUUUCGCCAACCGAUCUGGAAUACAUUGUUGCCAUGGCCAACACUAUCACUCACCUUGAUUUGUCGUUUUCCGUCAAUCUCAAAGACUGCCAAGAAAUAUCAAAAUUAAAGAACCUCAAGUAAGUUCCUAUUUCCAGCAUUAUCCCUUUCAUUCAACUAUGUGCAGACAUCUAUCGUUGACCAACAAUCGGGACAGUGUGCUCGAUGAUUCGGUGGCUCUGAUCGCUCGAGAAUGUUUGCAACUGGAAGAACUCUGUCUCAACGACUGCUCCAAUCUGACUCCAUAUUCUCUCAUUUAUUUGGGAGAGCUCAGAAACUUGUACAAGUUGUCAUUGAGCGGAGUGCCGAAUGUGGAUGACUCCGUCUGCCAGCAGAUUGCACGAUGCACCAAGAUCAACUUCUUGGAACUCAAUCUGUGUAGAAAGGUACUGCCCGAAAAGGAAGUAUGCUUUCGAAUUCCCAUUGAGUUUCUUGCAGGUUCAGAAGCGAGGUCUCCAAUGUCUUCUCUCCAAUCUGACUGCUCUGCAACAUUUGGAAGUGAUCGGAAUCCGCGACUACUCCCAUCAACUGCUCACAACUCAGCUGACUCAUCUGAAGACCAUUGUCUGUGACGAUCCGAUCGUCCGAUUCUCUUUCACUCUCCCUUCUGCCGUCCCUGUUAGCGCUUAG